UAUAUGAAAUCUGCAAAUGAAACAGGUAUUUCAGAAUUCUUUCUCAUGGGACUAUUGUAUGUCCCUGAACUGCAACCAUUCUUUUUCAACUUAUUCCUAUCCAUGUACCUUAUCACCAUCAUUGGAAACCUACUCAUUAUACUGGCUGUAAGCAAGGACUCCCGCCUCCACACCCCCAUGUACUUCUUUCUUUGCAAUCUAUCUUUCACUGAUAUCUGUACAAGCACAACGAUAGUCCCAAAGUUGCUGUUGAACAUCCAAGUACAUAACCAGAGCAUCACUUAUAUAGGCUGCUUGUCUCAGGUAUGUUUUAUCUUGACAUUUUGUGUUUUAGAAAGCUGUCUUCUCACUGUGAUGGCUUAUGACCGCUAUGUGGCCAUUUGUCAACCUCUAAGAUAUACAAUCAUUAUGAACCCUUUCCUAUGCACUUUCCUCGUAUUACUUUCCCUGCUCAUCAGCACUAUAAAUGCACUACUCCAUACUCUUCUGCUGUUGCCACUCUCCUUCUGCACAGAACAAAAUGUCCCCAACGUCUUCUGUGAACUUGGUCAAAUCACAAAGCUUUCCUGCUCUGAUACAUUUAUUAAUAUUCUUUUUAUUUAUAUUGCCACCAUUGUAUUUUCAGUUAUCCCACUCUCUGGGAUUAUUUUCUCUUAUAUUCAGAUCGUGUCCUCUAUUCUGAAGAUACCAUCAGUUGGUGGAAGGCAUAAAGCAUUUUCCACCUGUGGGUCUCAUCUUUCAGUGGUAUCUUUAUUCUAUGGGACUGGUUUAGGUGUGUACAUGAAUGCUUCAGUUUCUAACUCUUCCAUUAGCAAUGUAAUAACAUCCAUGAUGUACAGUGUUGUCCCUCAAAUGCUAAAUCCUUUUAUCUACAGUUUGAGGAGCAAAGAAAUCAAAGGAUCCUUGAGGCAGCUCAUCAUUGGGAUCAUUUGUUUUCCAUAG